GCCACCACCGCGGGAGGUGGAGGAGGCCCUGCUGGAGUCGAGAGGUCUCUCCUCCCCGCCGACGGCCCCUGCUCGCAGCUCCUCUGCCUCCUCUUGGUGCCGGAACUCCCGGGCCUGCCUGGGGCUCCCCAUCUUUGCACUCCGCCCGCCGCAGCGCCCGGCCGCGGCCGCACCCGCCGGCCCCAUGAGGAGGGACGUGAACGGAGUGACCAAGAGCAGGUUUGAGAUGUUCUCAAAUAGCGAUGAAGCUGUAAUCAAUAAAAAACUUCCCAAAGAGCUCCUAUUACGGAUAUUUUCUUUUCUGGAUGUUGUUACCUUGUGUCGCUGUGCUCAAGUCUCCAGGGCCUGGAAUGUUCUGGCUCUGGAUGGCAGUAACUGGCAGCGAAUUGACCUGUUUGAUUUCCAGAGGGAUAUUGAGGGCCGGGUAGUGGAGAAUAUUUCAAAAAGGUGUGGGGGCUUUUUACGAAAGUUAAGUCUUCGUGGGUGUCUUGGAGUAGGAGACAACGCAUUAAGGACCUUUGCACAAAACUGUAGGAACAUUGAAGUACUGAAUCUCAACGGGUGUACAAAGACUACAGAUGCUACAUGUACUAGCCUUAGCAAGUUCUGUUCCAAACUCAGGCACCUUGACUUGGCUUCCUGUACAUCAAUAACAAACAUGUCUCUAAAAGCUCUGAGUGAGGGAUGUCCACUGUUGGAGCAAUUAAACAUUUCCUGGUGUGACCAAGUAACCAAGGAUGGUAUCCAAGCACUAGUGAGAGGCUGUGGAGGUCUUAAAGCCUUAUUCUUAAAAGGCUGCACACAGCUAGAAGAUGAAGCUCUCAAGUACAUAGGUGCACACUGUCCUGAACUGGUGACUUUGAACUUACAGACUUGCUUACAAAUCACAGAUGAAGGUCUCAUUACUAUAUGCAGAGGGUGCCAUAAGUUACAGUCCCUCUGUGCCUCUGGCUGCUCCAACAUCACAGAUGCCAUCCUGAACGCUUUAGGUCAGAACUGCCCACGGCUUAGAAUAUUAGAAGUGGCAAGGUGUUCUCAAUUAACAGACGUAGGCUUUACCACUCUGGCCAGGAAUUGCCAUGAGCUUGAAAAGAUGGACCUGGAAGAGUGUGUUCAGAUAACAGAUAGUACAUUAAUCCAACUCUCUAUACACUGUCCUCGACUUCAAGUAUUGAGUCUGUCUCACUGUGAGCUGAUCACAGAUGAUGGAAUUCGUCACCUGGGGAAUGGGGCCUGCGCCCACGACCAGCUGGAGGUGAUUGAACUGGACAACUGCCCCCUAAUCACAGAUGCAUCCCUGGAGCACUUGAAGAGCUGUCACAGCCUUGAGCGGAUAGAACUCUAUGACUGCCAGCAAAUCACACGGGCUGGAAUCAAGAGACUCAGGACCCAUUUACCCAAUAUUAAAGUCCACGCCUACUUCGCACCUGUCACUCCACCCCCAUCAGUAUGGGGCAGCAGACAGCGCUUCUGCAGAUGCUGCAUCAUCCUAUGACAAUGGAGGUGGUCAGCCUUGGUGAACUGAAUAUUUAAUGACACUUCUAGAGUUACCGUGGAUCUCCAUUGGAAGCGACCCCAGUGUUCCAGGCAAAGGUUACGAAGUGAGGGCAGCGUCCAGAUCCCCAGAGCCACACAUACAUGCGCGUACCCACCCUCACCCCCACCCACUCUGUCUCUGUGACCAGGGGACUGAGUUCGUGCUGGCUUUAUCACGUGGAUUGGUGAAACUUAACCAUUCCUGUUGGAUGUGCCCAGAAGAAAAUCAUAAGCAAGGUAGACGGAAGGGGGCAUUCCAGCAAACCCAGUGUUACUGCUACUGUGGUUUCUUUAUUUACUUAAGGGGUUUCUUUGGCAAUUUUGAAACAGCAACUGCAGUCCUCUGGG